UUGAGAGAGAGAGAGAGAGAGAGAGAGAGAGAGAGAGAGUUUUAUUAAGUUAUAUUUGUUAAUUUUUAAGCAGAUAGUGUUAAGACGCCCAUCAGACUACUGACGUGUAGAAAAGAUGGGCGGCGGGUGUCUGGAGGCGUUGACGCAGCUGCGCGUGUGCAGGCGCUCGAGUAUACAUAAUAUAGCAUCAUGGUAGUGGAAUAGUACGUACGAGUAAUAGUCCCUAUCCCUGACGCAGCUUACCUUAUCGCCCGUCCCAUAGUGCAGAAUACUGUUACGUAUUUCAGGGCAUUUCAUUUCCCAAUUAUCGUUGCAGGAGGUUAAGAAUUAGGCUUUUUCUCACAUGAUUAAAGGUAGAUAUUUUGCGAAACUAGAGUAAAGAAUUUGACAAAGUUUUCUCUUCUUUACAAGUAAUAAGGCGUGGUCAACCUAUAAUAGUGUCUCGGAAUGAUUCUCCGGCUUCUUUCACAUUUGUUCAGUAAGCGAGUGAACCAAGGCAUGGAUGAUGCAGCAAACUAAUUAACCUAUAUGUAAGACACUUAGCUUUACAUCCCUGCUUAGUUAUAACAUGUCAAGAGCUUAAUGAAGGGCAACCUUAUUUUGUCAAGCUUUGGUUCGUUCACGCUAGCGAUCUUAUCUGUUAUCGAUGUGCACAAAUCGUCGACGAGGCAGAUUCUGGCGAUGACAAGACUAUCGCUAUCGCCGGCGGCCAAGACGAGACCAAAACUUGCUCCGGCCACUAAACGCAGGUUACUCCUUUAUUGUUACAAGUAAAUAGUCUAGACAGGAGAGCUUCAUCUUCAGGUUAGCCCUCAGAAGGUGGCCGAGUGUGAGGUGUGUGCCGUGUCGGUGUGAGGACGAGGGAGCGUUGGGCCAGGCUGUAUAACUGCACAAAUUAGAAUAUCCUUCAGAGUGUUUGUAUCACGUUGUGUGGUGCGGCACCAAUACUUUCGUUCCUGGGAUCUGCAUGCUGAGGUGCGCAUAUCUGUCUCAGCUGAACACGCCACGGUUCAGAGGCCACUGUUGUACAGUUCUAGUACACCGGGUAAGGGGUGGGGCAGUGCUGCUUCUAGUGUAGUGUUGGCAUGUGGGUGCAGUACACUCACACCUACACUCUAUAUUCUCUUGGUGGAAUCGGCAUGGGCAUGGGUCUAUCUGUUACCUUGAAUCCCAAUGGCGUAGGCUUAGAGACGGCCCUCAAGGCCCCAUUAUUGUCUCAGUCGGGAGUGGGCGGGGGCCCCACUGCCCCCCUCCAGCCACUCUUCCCUAUUGCUACCAUGGCGCAGGUGGCUCUGGCGCAGCCCACCUCUGCCCCCUCCCAGCUUCCCCUCCAGCAGCCUCCGCCCACCUCCCGUACCCACCGCUCCCCAUCUCCACCCCCUUCCCCAACUCGCCCUCUCCUGGGGUCUUCUUCAGGCUCCAUUGUGGGCCUCCGUGGACCAGAUAGUGGACAAAAUGAAGGCACUGGCACUGGGGACUGCAGCUCUCAGGGGCGGGACUCCCCGGAGCUUAUCCCCAGCACCGUGUAGCCCCGGCGGAAGGAGCAGCAGAGAGAGCACUCCCAAGGUGACCCAGUAAUCUCCGACGUAUGAGUCAAGACGGGAUUCAUAGCUCGUGUGACCUGACAAGAACACUAAGAGCCAGUUUACUGACGCGUGACGGUGCGUGUGACGGGCCGAGGAGCCAGACACUACCACGGCGUCCCUUGUCAGCCAGACGCCCCGUGACAGACCUUGUACUGUGAUCCUUGAGUGUUACUUGUAUAACUAUUAUAUAUUAUUUUCAUUAUUUUGGUGUUCAGAAGACAAUGAUACUUCGAAUGCAAGACUUACAGCACUGUUUGCCUGCAUGUUUGUUGACACGAUUUUAGCACAUUUGUUUCCUCUCUCAUAAAGGACCAAACAAGAAGUCGAGUAUUUUAACGCUUUCAUGUUUUCAUUGUUUCCUCCUAUACCACUUGGCCGGUCCCGUGCGGGGCUGUGGAGGCGCGGGCAGCUAAGCACAAGCUCUGGCAGUUGUUGGCCAUUGUUCUACUUUUGUUACCUACUUGUAAUUUCAUCUUUUUAACCUGUCCUAUGCUCUGACGUUUUCACUUGCAGUCUCUUAAUAUAUAUAGAGGACCUAACACUACCAGCAACAGCCACUAAUGGAUUUAUAAGUAAGUGAAGUAUUUUAAUGAACAACAUGUGCAUUAUAAAAGUCCAUAAUCAUAUUUAGAGGCCUAAGACUGUUAAACUUGUGGUACUUUGAGUAGUUCAGAUGGCAUUGUAUUUGUGGUGGGGAAGAUCGAAGCGCCACGCUGCCCUCUCUCGUGCUGUUCAACUCAAACACGGCAUUGUAUUCAACAACCAUUAUUAUUAUUAGCAGUAGUGCUCCUGUUAUGAUUAUUAUUAUUAUUAUUAUUAUUAUUAUUAUUAUUAUUAUUAUUAUUAUUAUCCAUUAUUGUUAUUAUUGUUGCUUUUA